AUGAGUCCGACUCCCACAAUAAAAUGGUUUAAGAAAGGUGGAGAUCUGCCAGGAAGGAAAGUAAAGUUUGAAAACUACAACAAGACACUGAGGAUCAUCAACGUAUCAGAGGAAGACAUCGGCGAGUAUGUUUGCAUGGCCAACAAUCAUCUUGGCAGUAUCCGGCAUUCUAUUUUUGUUGAAGUUAAAGCGGCUCCUUAUUGGCUGGACAAGCCCACAGACCUGGUUCUGGCCCCAGAGGACAAUGGCCGCCUGGUGUGUCGGGCAAACGGCAACCCCAAACCCACCAUUCGGUGGUUUGUCAACGGAGAGCCGAUAGACAGCGCUCCUGUAAACCCAAACCGCCAGGUUCUGGGUGACACCAUCAUCUUCCGCUCGGUGCAGAUUGGAAACAGUGCGGUGUACCAGUGCAACGCCUCCAACCAGCAUGGAUACCUGCUGGCCAACGCCUUCGUCAGUGUUCUUGGUGAGAUUGUGCUUUAA